CAGGGCAUAUACUUCUCUUGUCUUGAUUGGAUGCACAGAUCUGUGUGCAGUGCUUUUUGCCCGUUGCCUAGACGAUCACUUGGUUUCUCUGAGGAUGUCUGGUUCUCGUAAAGAGUUUGAUGUGAAACAGAUUUUGAAAAUCAGAUGGAGGUGGUUUGGCCAUCAAGCAUCAUCUCCUCAUUCUACAGUUGACAGCCAGCAGGGCGAAUUUUGGAAUCGAGGCCAGACUGGAGCAAGCGGUGGGAGAAAGUUUUUAGAUCCGUGUAGCCUGCAAUUGCCUUUGGCUUCAAUUGGUUACCGAAGGUCCAGCCAACUGGAUUUUCAGAAUUCACCUUCUUGGCCAAUGGCAUCCACCUCUGAAGUCCCUGCAAUUGAGUUUACAACAGAAGAUUGUGGCGGUGCACACUGGCUGGAUAGACCAGAAGUGGAUGAUGGCACUAGUGAAGAAGAAAAUGAAUCUGAUUCCAGUUCAUGCAGGACUUCCAAUAGCAGUCAGACAUUGUCAUCCUGUCAUACUAUGGAGCCAUGCUCAUCAGAUGAAUUUUUCCAAGCCCUUAAUCAUGCUGAGCAAACAUUUAAAAAAAUGGAAAACUAUUUGAGACAUAAACAGUUGUGUGAUGUCAUUUUAGUUGCUGGCGAUCGCAGAAUUCCAGCUCACAGAUUGGUGCUGUCCUCUGUCUCAGAUUAUUUUGCUGCCAUGUUUACUAAUGAUGUCAGAGAAGCAAGACAGGAAGAAAUAAAAAUGGAAGGUGUAGAACCGAAUUCAUUAUGGUCCUUGAUUCAGUAUGCAUACACAGGCCGCCUUGAAUUAAAAGAAGAUAAUAUCGAGUGCCUGUUAUCUACAGCUUGCCUUCUGCAGCUGUCACAGGUAGUGGAAGCAUGCUGUAAGUUUUUAAUGAAGCAGCUUCACCCAUCCAACUGUCUUGGAAUCCGUUCUUUUGCUGAUGCCCAGGGUUGUACAGACUUGCAUAAAGUGGCUCACAAUUACACUAUGGAGCAUUUCAUGGAAGUAAUCAGAAACCAGGAAUUUGUGUUAUUGCCAGCCAGUGAAAUUGCCAAGCUCCUGGCCAGUGAUGACAUGAACAUUCCUAACGAAGAGACCAUCCUAAACGCACUUCUUACCUGGGUCCGCCACGACUUGGAGCAGAGACGAAAAGAUCUCAGUAAACUUCUGGCUUAUAUUAGGCUACCUCUUCUUGCACCACAGUUUCUGGCAGAUAUGGAAAAUAAUGCACUUUUUCGUGAUGACAUAGAAUGUCAGAAACUCAUUAUGGAAGCAAUGAAGUAUCAUUUACUGCCAGAGAGACGGCCCAUGUUACAAAGCCCUCGGACAAAACCCAGAAAGUCGACUGUUGGUACUUUAUUUGCACUUGGAGGAAUGGAUUCAACAAAAGGAGCAACAAGCAUUGAAAAGUAUGAUCUCAGAACAAACAUGUGGACUCCUGUGGCGAACAUGAAUGGGAGGAGGCUACAGUUUGGUGUUGCAGUGUUGGAGGACAAACUGUAUGUGGUUGGAGGGAGAGACGGACUGAAGACCCUGAAUACCGUAGAGUGCUACAACCCCAAGACCAAAACCUGGAGCGUGAUGCCACCUAUGUCCACACACAGACAUGGCCUGGGUGUGGCUGUGUUGGAAGGUCCCAUGUAUGCAGUAGGAGGGCAUGAUGGCUGGAGCUAUUUGAAUACAGUGGAAAGAUGGGACCCUCAGGCUCGCCAGUGGAAUUUUGUUGCCACUAUGUCUACCCCCAGGAGCACAGUAGGAGUGGCAGUGCUGAGUGGAAAACUUUACGCAGUUGGUGGUCGUGAUGGAAGUUCUUGUCUCAAAUCGGUAGAAUGUUUUGAUCCUCACACUAAUAAAUGGACACCGUGUGCACAAAUGUCCAAAAGGAGAGGGGGUGUAGGAGUGACCACCUGGAACGGACUACUGUAUGCCAUCGGAGGACACGACGCUCCCGCAUCCAACUUGACUUCCAGGCUCUCAGACUGUGUGGAGAGAUAUGACCCCAAAACGGACAUGUGGACUGCGGUGGCCUCGAUGAGCAUCAGUAGAGACGCGGUGGGGGUCUGCCUCCUCGGCGACAAGCUCUAUGCUGUCGGAGGGUACGACGGACAGAGCUACCUGAACACGGUAGAGGCCUACGAUCCCCAGACAAAUGAGUGGACCCAGGUUGCUCCCCUGUGCCUAGGAAGAGCUGGGGCUUGCGUGGUGACCGUAAAAUUAUGAUUCAAUGCUCCAUUUUCUAAGUGAGGAGAUCUUCUUCCUUUGUUAACUUAGUACCUUUUUAGUAAACAUGCAGUGCCACAUUCCUGGGCACCAAGUGCCUGCUGUCCAAGUGAAGAUGUUAAGACAAGGUUGGAAGGAGUGCACGGACCACAACUAAAUGUCUUCCUUUCUCAGUAAAUCAAAGCCACAGCUGGUGGAUCUUGAACAUAUGUUCCUGAUAUAAAAUAUGAGGACCAUUCUUCUGCUCCAGAACUUAACCCUGUGCUAACUGGGAGUUGUUUGUUCAUAAUCAAGUGCAUUUUACUCACAUAGCCAGAUUCUUUUUAUUAUAGUGCAGAUAUACCAGGUAAAACUUCUAAGAGAUCACUUUGUAAGUUUAUCAUCCAUGAAUCACAGCAAUUGGUUUGUUUAACCCACAACCACCAUUUUAAUGACACACUAAAGAUUAAACUGUUUUUGUUUUGGAAAGGUACAUUGUAUAUGCUUUGGUUAUGGAAUGCAUUUAUAAAAUUCUUAGUCCAGUGAAUCAGGUAUAACGUAAAAAGUAAAAAAGCAUGACCAAAAACAUCACAUGGUGUUUGGGAUCAAUCUAAAUAUUCAUUCCUUUACAUACGGAUGCACCAAGAACUAUUUAUUCUUAAAUUAAAAAAUGAUAUUUCACAUUAAAUAUAUGCAAACUUAUGUAGAGAAAAUGUUAGGUACCUUUUAAUGUUCUUUUACCUAAUUACUAUUUAAUUAUAUGAAUUUGUUUUCUGUCAUAAAGAAAGUUUUGAUUUUGUCUUUUGAUAUUGAAAAAAUUAUCGGGCUAUUCUUACGUUCUUUAUUCUGUCAUCGCCUACUGUGCCUCAUUUAGGUGUGGCCAUGGUCAGUAAUCCAUUGUGCUUCCUUGUAAUCAAACUGUUUUGAGGGGAAUGGACUAACAAUGUUUAAAAAAAAUCAGUUGAAAAUGUUUGUUAUCCAUAAUUUUGUACAUUUGUAAACUCUUAAUUGCUUAUGUGAAUGUUAAUACUCUUUGUGAGUUGUGUACAAAAAAUGCACUGGGCAGUAACAUUUUGUGAUAAAUCCUGUAAGGUAUGAGUCACUAACUUAUAUCUUAAAGAAUACAAUCUAAAUUCCCAUCUUUUAA